GGGCGGGGCGUCCGGGCGCUUGGCGCCUCACGCGCAUGCGCACUGGCGGUCCCGCGAUGGCGGCCCCCGAGGAGUCCCUGAGGAGGCGGAAAGCCGGGAAUGCGGGCGCCGAGCCUGGGUCUCCGCCGGGACGGGGGCCGGGGCGCGAGCCCACGGGCUGUAAUGCCCGUCUCCGAGCGGGCACUUUCUGGCUGACCAGGAUCGUGCUCCUGAGGGCCCUCGCUUUCGUUUACUUCGUGGCAUUCCUGGUGGCUUUCCACCAGAACAAGCAGCUGAUCGGAGACCAGGGCCUGCUGCCGUGCCGCACAUACCUGAAGAGCGUACAGCAGUAUUUCCGGGGCCCAGUCGGCUGGGAUGCUGUGAGCUACGCACCCACCCUGCUCUGGCUGCUGGACUGGUCACACAUGGACUCCAACCUGGAUGCCCUGGCACUGCUUGGGCUGGGUGUCUCGUCUUUCGUCCUGCUCACCGGCUGUGCCAACAUGGCGCUCAUGGCCACUCUCUGGGUUCUCUACAUGUCCCUGGUCAACGUGGGACAGAUCUGGUAUUCAUUUGGAUGGGAGUCCCAGCUUCUGGAAACAGGAUUCCUGGGGAUCUUCCUGUGCCCUCUUUGGAGUCUGUCUCGACUGCCCACGGGGACCCCCCCAUCCCAGAUUGUGCUGUGGGGCUUUCGAUGGCUGAUUUUCAGAAUCAUGCUUGGAGCAGGCCUGAUCAAGAUCCGGGGGGACCAGUGCUGGCGGGACCUCACCUGCAUGGACUUCCACUAUGAGACACAGCCAGUGCCCAACCCUGUGGCCUACUUCCUGCACCAGUCCCCAUGGUGGGUCCACCGCUUCGAGACCCUCAGCAACCACUUCCUCGAGCUCGUGGUGCCUUUCUUCCUCUUCCUCGGACGGCGGAUGCGCACCCUUCACGGGGUCUUACAGAUCCUGUUCCAGGCGGUCCUCAUCAUCAGCGGGAACCUGAGCUUCCUGAACUGGCUGACCAUGGUGCCCAGCGUGGCCUGCUUCGAUGACGCCACCUUGGGGUUCUUGUUUCCCUCCGGGCCCGGCGGCCUCAAGGACCGAGUCCUGAAGCUGCAGGAGGAGGCCGCCCGAGGGCUCCGGCCCCCCCCGAGAUACGGCUGCAUGGUGCGGCGGGCGGUGCAUGUGGCCCUGGGCAUCCUGGUGGCCUGGCUCAGUGUCCCCGUGGUCAUCAACCUGCUGAGUCCCACGCAGGUCAUGAACACGUCCUUCAACCCUCUCAGGAUCGUCAACACGUACGGCGCCUUCGGAAGCAUCACCAAGGAGCGCACAGAGGUCAUCCUGCAGGGCACGGCCAGCCUCAACGCCAGCACGCCAGAUGCCAUGUGGGAGGACUAUGAGUUCAAGUGCAAGCCCGGUGACCCAGGGCGGCGGCUGUGCCUCAUCUCCCCCUACCACUACCGCCUGGACUGGCUCAUGUGGUUCGCAGCCUUCCAGACCUACGAGCACCACGAGUGGAUCCUGCACCUGGCAGGCAAGCUCCUGGCCAACGACGCAACGGCACUGUCCCUACUGGCCCUCAACCCUUUCGAGAACAGGGCGCCCCCCAGGGCUCGGCACCUGACCUAGGACGGCCCUGUGCUCUGCGGGACACUGCUGCAGGAGGACAGACACCACGUUGAACCCAAGAACGUGACGGGUCACCGCCACUGGCCCAGAUGGGGCCCGAGGACCGAGCGGUUCCUGCCCCCGAUGGUUCCACUCGGUUUCUGGUGCAACUACUCCCGCUGUUUGCCUCGUGUCCCUGUGACCUUGGGAGCGGUCCCUGACUUGGGCGAGAUGGCCCUUCUCCAUUCCCGAUGCUGAUUUUGGCCUUUCCCCUCUUACCUCCUCAUCAGUCUCGAAGCCCCAACACAGGGUUUUCCUGUCAGCUCUGCCGUCGCUGGUCCGUCCAACAGGUCCCAGUGCUCGCUCUCUGCCAUCUUGGGCUGAAAACUCCCGUUUCUUUCUAUUCCUCCUCCUGCUCUCGGGGAGACGCAGCUGGAGGCCCCAGCCGCAGGCUCUGCCGGACACUGCGAGCUUUCGCGGAAUUCUAGAAAUGCUGAUCUCCCCGUUAACGUGUCAGACCAACAGAGGUGGGGGUUUUGGUUGCCAGAGGAGUGCAUGUGGGGCUGUCCCCUCCGCUGUCCCCCCAGCAUUUGCCGCCGACCCACACCUCGGCCCCAAUGCCCCACAGCACCCUUCAGACUGACGUCCCUCUCAGACGCGAACCGGCUCAGGGAAGGACGGCCUCCGCGGUCCCCCGGUGGCUGCUUGCCUCCCUCUGCCCAGAAGCCCCCUGCUCCCUGGGUCCGCUCCCCAUGUCGACCCCUGCCCUGCGUGCAGCAUGAAGACGCCUCCGCCCCGGGGGAUGCAGCUUCCAAACCCCGCUGCGAAAUGGGGCUCACGGCCACGAACAGACCUUUAAGAUGAAACAGUCGCGCCUUUAGCUUCCCUGAUGGGGAAUGGAAACACCCACGGGAAAGCGAGCGGAAAUCAGGGCCACUGCAGUGGACCUUCCGCAGGUCCCAGGAGCUGCGACAACACCAUGAAGUGGCGGCAGUGGAACCAGAUCCCCACAGCGAAGUGGACGAAAUCCCGGAAGCCCGCAGCCACCGCAAGUGACUCAGGAAGAGACGAAGUCGCCAACUUUCACAGUGUGAAGAGGCAUCCGUGUAGACGCCUCCCACCAGAGACAGCGCUAGCCCAGGCAGCCUCACUGUGUGCUCCCCAGGACGGGCAAGAACGGGCGCUGGCCCUUCCCAAACGCUCCCCAAAAUCAGAGAAGGGAGCGCUUCCCGACUCCUCUCACAGGCCUGGUUUACCCUGAUUAACCCCAAGAUGCCAGCAUCUCUCAGGAUUUUUGCCGGAAGCAAACGCCCUCAACGAAACAGCAGCAUGACGGAUGGACACCGCGCCGUGCCCAGGUGGGAUCGGUGGGUCCCUCGCGCCCGCAGAACGUGGGGGGGGUGGGGGGGACAAGGUCCUCUCGACGGACGCAGGAAAAGCAUUUGACACAAUCCAAAGCCCGUUCAUGAGCAAAGCCACUCUGGAAUAAUAGUGAUGAUAAAAUGUCGUCAGUGAACCCACAGCCAACAGCGAAUGUGAAGACCUUCCUGCAGAGCCAGACAGACGAGAGAGGCCGCUGCCGUCCAUGCCCGUAACGGCGACUUAAGUUCCAGCCAGCACCGCUGGUCAAAACACUAAAACGCUUCAGGGGCGCCUGGGGGGUUAAAGCCUCUGCCUUCGGCUUAGGUCAUGAUCCCAGGGUCCUGGGAUCGA